GCAAGAAACUCGACCUCAUCUCAAUACAACGCUCACUCAAACGAUCAUCUAGAAUGUCACUCCCAAGCACGAUGAAAGCUAUCAAGAUCCUGCCCGACCACAAAGCCGGUCUGAAAGACGUCCCUGUUCCAAAGCUGAGAGACGGAUACGUGCUGUGCAAAGUCAAGGCCGUGGCAUUGAAUCCGACGGAUUGGAAGCACAUCGACUUUGUCGGCAAGGAGGGCUCAACGGUUGGUGUCGACUUCAGCGGUGUCGUUGAAGAAGUCGGCAGCGGAGUGACAAAGACAUGGAAGAAAGGAGACCGCAUUGCAGGUUUUGUGCAUGGUGGCAAUGAGGCGGAGCCUGAGGAUGGUGCCUUCGGCGAGUACUGCGUCGUCAAAGGAGACAUUGCGUUCAAGAUUCCGGACAGCAUGAGCUUUGAAGAUGCUGCGUCACUCAAUACCGGUGUCAUCACCUGUGGCCAGGCACUGUACCAGAGCCUAGGCCUUCCAUUGCCAGGAUCGGGCAAGUAUGGCGGCUACUUGCUAGUCUACGGUGGCAGCACCGCCACAGGUACUCUGGCCAUUCAAUAUGGUGUGCUUUCUGGAGCGAAAGUCGUCGCCACGGCAUCCAAGCACAACUGGCCCCUCCUCAAAUCCCUAGGAGCAGAAGAGGUCUUCGACUACAACGACCCAGAAUGCUCCAAAAAGAUCCGAGCCCACACCUCCGACACCCUCACCCUCGCCCUCGACUGCAUCGCCGAAGGCAACUCUCCCAAAAUCUGCGAGGAAGCCAUCUCAACCAAAGGCGGCGCGAUCACCUACCUCCUCCCGACACAGCACACUCGCUCUGAUGUCGAGAACAAACAAACGCUGGGCUACACCAUUACCGGCGAGGAGUUCAACAAGUUUGGCAAGCACUUUCCGGCGAGCCAGGAGGACUUUGAGCACGCGAAGAUGUUUUGGGCGUUGAGCGAGAAGUUGUUUCAUGCGGGACAAUUGACACCACAUCCGGUGGAGGCGAGGAAGGGUGGGUUGGACGGUGUGUUUGGGGGACUUCAGGACUUUAGAGAUGGGAAGGUGAGCGGGAAGAAGUUGGUGUAUGCGAUCUAA